AUAGUCCGGGACUUCAUCGCAAACAGGUGGGGCAAUUUCUUCCGAAAGCAUGCGAACGAUUGUUGGCUAUUCUAUUACAGCUCCGACAGCACUCCCGUGAUUACACGAAAACGCGUGUGCUCGGGCAUCACCAUCUGGCAAGUGGUCAGGAAACCGAAAGUUGCAAACCAUUUCUUGAUAGAGAAAGCGUUUGCCGCUGCUGGCAGCGAGGUCGCUUAUUUCAUGACGGAGCCCACUGCGAUACAUGACACUUGCGCGGAUACGCACCUUGCUUGUUUGAGGCGCUUCGUCCGUUUACCUUCGGAGGUUGGCCACGUCGGGGGCGCAGUGCACGCUUUCGUUUUCGACGGCGCCAUCAAAUCCGGAAUGGCGAGGCGCAUCCAGCAGCUAGCCCGGGCGCUUGAGAUCAGUGAGGGGGAAGAUCUGGAAGAACACGUUGCGUUCCAGCGCAGGUGCGUGCGCUUGUGGUUGUUCCAUUCUGACAUGUCCCACGUGUGCCACAAUGCGUUUAAGAGUAGCAUAUCAGAGUGCAUCAAUGACCCGCUAAUAAUGCGUAGCGCAUGGAUUUGCUUCGAGUCGCUCAAGAACUCAACCGAGCUUUUGCACGCACAUUUCGACGCGUGGUUCGAUUCUGUUGUCAUGUACGAGGAUUGGGACCAGGACGUAUGCAGGGAUACGUGGAGUCUCCUGGGGCUCGAGAAGGAGUGGUUGGAAUUGGCAGUGCUUCUCCGGAUUCGAUACCACGACGGACAUCUCCGAAUAGCAACUCGCUUCCAGCACUUCGACGUCCUUCAGUUCGUGAAGACCUUUGCAGUCAAAGUGUGGAGGUUCAAGACGUGGACAGACAGCAGGUGGGCAACUAUAGGGUCCAGUGGGCGCACUCUGAUUGGUUGCCAGCUUGUCGGUUUACAGAGUUUGGUGCACUACAUCUGCACGAGAACCAAGGCGAGCAAAUACCAUAUAGGAGGCUUCUUCAAGCACAUAUCACCGCAAGUGCUGCGAAUGUGCAUGGUCGUUGCAACUGCGUCGCCGUGUUCGGACAAAGUGCUCCUACUCCUCGCCAAGGACGACCGUUUGCCGAAGAUGCUGACGACCAUCGAUGCGGAGAUUGCUAAUGCCAUCGGUCGGCUGGAGAAUAUCUCUUUUCCAGUGUGGCAGGCGCUCUCGGCGUGCGCUGGCCUGCAAGUGGGCGACGCGCGCAAUUGCGCCAUCUCCGCGGCAUGGGCUGCUGCAUCGCACAUGAACAGCCGAUUCCGCGAAGCCCGGCGCUUGCCGUACACGUUGCUGCAGGGGGACCGCGUCAGGAACCUGGAGGAGCUGACGAGAGGCGCGCGACCCGACGAGGACAAUUCUGGACGCAUCUGGGACGGGUUGGUGUGCGGGGGCAUGCAGGCAGCGCACUACUUGGAGUUGCUCGCAGCCGUGGACCGAGCUGGUUGGACAUCCAACGUCACCGAGCAGGGGCACGUCAGCAUAGCGGGCCCCAUGCGCAUGCACAGGAACACCGAGGCGAACGUGGCCAUGGCGCGUUCCUCAAUCGUUCAGUUUCGGCCUCUUCUCGGGGAUCAGUCGAUCGAUGCCCGCAUUGCCCGCCUCAAGAGGAAGGCUGAUGCGUUGGAUCAUCACAACCCGAAUUGUUUCGCAGGGCGGCAGAUGUACUUCAAGCAGCUGAAUGGCGAGGUUGGGCGGCAGCGGGAUGAAGGUCGGGACGUCGGCCCGAAUGCCAGCGGCGCGAUCAUGGAGAAACACGGGGAUCGAUGGGCCAAGUUGGACCCUGCCCAGAGGCGGCGUCUUGAGCAUGAGGCACAGAGAGCUCGCCCAGGCAUGUGGGCGCAGCUCCGGGAUCAGCAAAAGAGCCUGGCCGACGAGAUCCGCGCGCUGACGACGGAGCGCGACGAGCAGACGCGCCUGGGGCCGCUGCGGGUCUCAUCAUGCAUCUUGUCCAGUACGGAGCGCGACGAGUUAGAGUCCGAGUCCGCGUCCUCCCGUUUGCCCAUGGCGGACGUGCACCACCGGAGGGAGCUCCGCUCGGCGCCUAAGCCGUUGCCGCCAGCGAUGCUGAGCGCACUGAAAGACAUGCGCAACCCCGCCCCUGCCUUCAAGCGGGGGCGGCAGCAGUGGGACCGCUUGGUUGCGUACAAUCGGGAGUUCUUCAACGCGUGCGUUUGCCGUACUUCGGACGAGAACGGUUGCGAGAGGUACCUGCAGUUGAACAUGGCGUCUCAGAACCCCAUCGUGUGCGGAUUCACCGAGCUCGUGCAUUGCUCGAAGCCUGUCACCGAUGUCUCGCGCCUUGGUGAUCCAUGCUGGGGCAUGUUCUGGGCGCGCUGGUUUGCGAAGCCCGGGGAAGAGUUCAUGUUCUCUGAUGAAUGGCCUCUUGUCGGAGACCUUUCCGUCCUCGCCCCCUGCGUGAACAUUGGCCACGGCUACGUCGCGUCCAACGCGCGUUGGAAGUCGGUCGACGAGCUCACCCAGCACCUCCGCCCCGUCUCGGUUGCCCAUGACGCUGCUGGCGACGACGAUGGCGAGGAGGAGGCUUCCGAGGGAGGUGAUGGGGGUGGCCUGGAUCUCAGGUACGCGGAUUGCCCUUGGCUGGCGGACUGGCUGGAUGAUCCGGAGAAGUUCCAGCGGAUGGCGGGGCAGCCCGAUGCCGGGCGCGGGGGGGAUCUCCACGAGGUAGACGCCGAGGCUGUCAUGGACGCUCUUGACCGGGCGAGGGAAGAGUUCGCGCCGCUGGACGGCGAUGCGAGCAUGGUAGACUUCACCUGGACAGUGCGCGGCGGCCUCUGGACGCAAGCGCACGUUGGCGUCCCGUUCGAUUCACUUCGAGGACAGGCCGCCCACCAAGAUGCACGGCAAUUUUGCGUUCAGUUCGGCUUACCGAGGACGGCCACGUUCAGCAUAGACAUGUGCACCCAUGACGUCGCCCGGGUACUGGUGAGAGCGUGGUGCCAUAAGAUGCAGUGGUGGUACGACAAGUACCUGAUCGAGGGCGGUGGGUUUGAUCGGUCAGCCCAAGCGGCCGCCAUGUGCGUCGAGCCUGACGACGUUGCCCGCGUUUGGCCCCACGCCCCUCAUAGGGCGCAGCAGCGCGUCGUCGACCUGAGGGGCCUGCGACCGUAG